GCUCUUAAGCUUAAACAAAAAAUACAUUUGCUCACUAUUUCUUGAAUUAAUACGUUUGCUCACUCAAUACCUCAAACCCCUCUUGAAUUAAUCUCUCACUAUUUCCCAUUCCUAUUGCCAAAAAAAAAAAAAAAAAAACCAAAACUCAAAACUAGUGAACGAAAGUUAUCUCAUAUAUAUUAUCUGCACUAUUAAUUUGUUAUCACACUGUUCAUUUCAAAUAUUGGAGUUUCUUCAACAAGUGGUUAUACUUUAGAAUCAUUUAGUAUUUUUCAUUUCGAAGCCAAUCUGCAUCAGUCUUCAUAAUCCAGCAGACCAUUAGUCUUGUAGAUCGCACCAUCAAAAACACAAGUUGUUCCGUUGAUUCAUAAUCCAGCUGGUCAUUUAGUUUCUUCUUUUCAAGCCAAUUUGCAUCAGUCUUGUAGAUUGCAUCAUCAAAAGCACAAGUUGUUCCGUUGCUGCUGAUUCAUAAUCCAGCUGAUCAUUUAGUAUUUUUCAUUUCGAAGCCAAUUCACAUCAGUCUUCAUAAUCCAACAGCUCAUUUAGUUACUUCUUUUGAAGCCACAUUGCAUCAGUCUUGUAGAUCGCAUCAUCAAUAGCAGAUUUUGACUCAAGUCUCAAGGAAGAGCAGAAGAAACGAAAAUCAAUGGAAAUUUUGAUUUCUGUUGUUGCAAAAAUAGCAGAAUAUACCGUUGUGCCUAUUGGACGUCAAGCAAGUUACUUGAUAUUCUACAAAGGUAACUUCAAGACGUUAAAGGAUCAUGUUGAAGACCUUGAGGCUGCAAGAGCAAGAAUGAUCCAUUCGGUUGAAAGAGAAAGGGGAAAUGGCAAAGAAAUUGAAAAAGAUGUUCUGAAUUGGUUGGAGAAAGUGAACGAGGUUAUUGAAAAGGCGAAUGGGCUCCAAAACGAUCCUCGCAAUGCCAAUGUUAGCUGCUCAGCAUGGCCGUUCCCCAACUUGAUUUUACGACAUCAACUAAGUAGGAAAGCCACAAAAAUUGCAAAAGAUGUUGUUCAAGUUCAAGGAAAAGGGAUUUUUGAUCAAGUUGGCUACCUUCCUCCUCUAGAUGUAGUAGCCGCUUCCUCAACAAGAGAUCGUGAAAAGUAUGACACAAGAGAGUCACUUAAGGAGGACAUUGUGAAAGCUUUAGCAGAUUCUACUUCAUGCAACAUUGGGGUCUAUGGUUUGGGUGGGGUGGGUAAGACCACUCUUGUGGAGAAAGUUGCUCAAAUAGCCAAGGAACAUAAGUUGUUCGAUAGAGUGGUUAAGACAGAAGUUACUAAAAAUCCAGACAUUAAAAGAAUUCAAGGCGAGAUUGCAGAUUUCUUGAGUAUGCGAUUUGAAGAGGAGACUAUUGUUGGCAGAGCACAACGCCUCAGACAAAGAAUCAAGAUGGAGAAAAGCAUCCUUAUCAUUCUAGAUAACAUAUGGACCCUUGAUUUGAAAGAAGUGGGGAUACCAGUUGGUGAUGGACAUAAUGGUUGCAAAUUGUUGAUAACAAGUAGAAGUCAAGAAGUGUUGCUGGAAAUGGAUGUUCCAAAGGAUUUCACUUUCAAAGUUGAACUUAUGAGUGAAAAUGAGUCAUGGAGCUUGUUUCAAUUUAUGGCAGGGGAUGUGGUUAAAGAUAGAACUUUGAAAGAUGUAGCAUAUCAAGUUGCCCAAAAAUGUGAAGGUUUGCCGCUUAGGGUAGUGACAGUAGCGUGUGCAAUGAAAAAUAAGAGGGAUGUUCAUUCAUGGAAAUAUGCAUUAAAGAAAUUGCAAAGUCAUGACUCGUUAGAUGCGUUAACUUAUUCUGCUUUGGAAUUGAGCUAUGACUCAUUGGAUAGUGAUGAAAUGAGGGACCUUUUCUUGCUUUUUUCUUUACUUCCAGGUAAUUAUGUAUCGUACUUUCUAAAAAUUGCAAUGGGUCUAGACAUAUUAAAACAUGUUAAUACCAUUGAUGAUGCAAGAAAUAAACUUUACACAAUGAUUGAAUCUUUGGAGGCAACUUGUCUUUUGCUUGAAGUUAAAGUAGAUGGAAAGAUCCAAAUGCAUGACUUUGUUUGUGAGUUUGCUAUCUCCAUAGCAUGCAGGGACAAACAUGUAUUUCUAAUGAAACAACGGGAUGAGGAAUGGCCAACCAGUGCUUUUUUACAAAGGUGCACACAGAUUGUUGUAGAUCGCUAUCAUAUGCACGAGCUUCCUCAAACAAUUGAUUGUCCUAACAUAAAGUUUUUUUGUUUGGUUAGUGGGAAUCGUUCUUUAAAAAUCCCAGAUGAUUAUUUUGAGGGUAUGGGAAGCCUUAGAGUGCUAGAUUUAACAAGUCUGAACUUGUCUUCAUUACCGUUUCAGUUCCUAACCGACCUUCAAACAUUGUGUUUGAAUUUCUGCGUUUUGGAAAAUAUGGAUGCAAUAGAAGCUUUACAAAAUUUGAAAAUACUUUGCCUCUGGAAUUCUUCAAUGAUCAAGUUGCCAAGACAAAUAGGGCAAUUGACUCAAUUGAGAAUGCUUGAUUUGAGAAGUUCAGGAAUAGAAGUAAUCCCACACAACAUUAUAUCAAGCUUGACUAAAUUGGAGGAGUUGUACAUGGGAAAUACCUCUAUUAAUUGGGAAGAUGUGAAUUCAACGGUUCAAAAUGAACAUGCUAGUAUUGCUGAGCUUCGAAAGCUACCCAACUUGAAAGCUCUAGAAUUACAAAUUCGUGAGACUUGGAUGUUGCCAAGGGACUUGCGAUUGAUGUUUGAGAAGCUGGAAAGAUAUAAAAUAGCUAUUGGAGAUGUAUGGGACUGGUCUGACAUCAAGGAUGGAACCUUAAAAACAUUGAUGCUCAAACUUGGUACAAACAUACAUUUGGAGCAUGGAAUUAAAGCAUUGAUUAAAGGUGUUGAGAAUUUGUAUUUGGAUGAUGUAGAUGGAAUUCAAAAUGUGCUUCCUAACCUAAAUAGAGAAGGAUUUAAAUUGCUGAAACAUCUCCACGUCCAAAAUAAUACUAACUUGAAUCACAUUGUUGACAAUAAAGAGAUAAAUCAAAUCCAUGCGUCCUUUCCCAUCUUGGAAACACUAGUACUUCUUAAUCUUAGAAACUUGGAGCAUAUAUGUCAUGGUCAACCUUCAGUUGCUUCUUUUGGAAGUCUCAGUGUUAUCAAAGUAAAAAAUUGCGUCCAGUUAAAGUAUCUUUUCUCCUUUACAAUGGUUAAAGGACUUUCUCACCUUUGUAAGAUUGAAGUUUGUGAGUGCAAUUCUAUGAAGGAUAUAGUGUUCAGAGACAACAAUUCAAGUGCUAAUAAUGAUAUCACUGAUGAAAAAAUCGAGUUUCUUCAAUUGCGUUCUUUGACUUUAGAACAUUUGGAGACACUUGAUAAUUUCGCCUCUGAUUAUUUGACACAUCAUAGAAGUAAGGAAAAGUAUCACGAUGUAGAGCCAUAUGCUUCUACUACACCAUUUUUCAAUGCUCAGGUUUCAUUUCCUAAUUUAGAUACCCUUAAAUUAAGCUCACUUCUCAAUUUGAACAAAGUCUGGGAUGAGAAUCAUCAAUCAAUGUGCAACUUGACUAGCUUGAUUGUGGAUAAUUGUGUUGGAUUGAAGUAUUUAUUCUCAUCUACUUUGGUUGAAAGUUUUAUGAACCUCAAACAUCUUGAAAUAAGUAAUUGUCCUAUCAUGGAGGAUAUAAUAACUAAAGAAGAUAGAAAUAAUGCAGUAAAAGAGGUUCAUUUUUUGAAAUUAGAGAAAAUCGUAUUGAAGGAUAUGGACAGCUUGAAGACAAUAUGGCAUCGGCAAUUUGAAACAUCGAAGAUGUUGGAAGUGAACAAUUGUAAGAAAAUUGUGGUGGUUUUUCCUUCUUCAAUGCAAAACACAUAUAAUGAGCUUGAGAAGUUGGAGGUUAGAAAUUGUGAUUUUGUUGAAGAGAUAUUUGAAUUGAAUUUGAAUGAAAAUAACAGUGAAGAGGUUAUGACACAAUUGAAAGAGGUCACUAUAGAUGGAUUGUGGAAUUUGGAAAAGAUAUGGAGUGGAGAUUCGGAAGGAAUUAUUAGUUUUCAAAAUCUAAUAAAUGUUCAAGUAGUAAAUUGUGAUAGCUUGGAGUAUUUAUUACCAUUCUCCGUAGCUACUCGUUGCUCACAUCUCAAGGAACUUAGUAUAAAAUCUUGUUGGAACAUGAAGGAAAUUGUUGCAGAGGAGAAUGAAUCUAGCGUGAAUGCAGCUCCCAUAUUUGAGUUUAAUCAACUAACUACUUUACUGCUUUGGUACUUAGAAGAAUUCAAUGGUUUCUAUGCUGGAAAUCACACUCUGCUAUGUCCAUCUUUGAGGAAAGUUGAUGUUUACAAUUGUACAAAGUUGAAUUUGUUUAGAACUCAUUCUACAAGAAGCUCCAAUUUUCAAGAUGACAAACACUCUGUUUUAAAGCAACAACCACUUUUCAUUGCUGAAGAGGUGAUUCCAAACUUGGAGUUUUUGAGGAUGGAACAGGCGGAUGCUGACAUGCUAUUGCAAACCCAAAACACAAGUGCCCUCUUUUGCAAAAUGACAUCGAUUGGCUUUAAUUGCUAUGACACUGAUGAUGCUAGCUUUCCUUAUUGGUUUCUUGAAAAUGUGCAUACUCUUGAGUCACUAGAUGUUGAGGAGAGUCGCUUCAAGAAGAUUUUCCAAGAUAAAGGAGAAAUAAGUGAGAAGACUCAUACACAAAUCAAAGCACUGAAUUUGAGCGAAUUACCAAAACUUCAACAUAUAUGUGAGGAAGGAUCUCAAAUUGACCCAGUUCUUGAGUUCCUUGAAUACUUAGAUGUUGAAAACUGUUCUAGUUUGAUAAAUUUGAUGCCUUCCUCUGUCACCCUUAAUCAUCUGAAAUAUUUAAAGGUAACAAAAUGCAAUGGGUUAAAAUAUUUAUUCACAACUCCUACUGCUCGAAGUUUGGACAAACUCAUAAUGCUGAAGAUAGAAGAUUGUAGUUCACUUGAAGAAGUAGUUAAUGGAGUAGAAAAUGUUGACAUUGCUUUUAUUAGUUUACAAAUUUUGAUUUUGGAAUGUUUGCCAAGCCUCAUCAAGUUUUGCUCUAGUGAGUGUUUCAUGAAGUUUCCGUUGUUGGAGAAAGUAAUUGUGAGGGAAUGUCCUCGCAUGAAGAUUUUUUCUGCCAGAGACACAAGCACACCAAUUCUUCAAAAAGUUAAAAUUGCAGAAAAUGAUUCAGAAUGGCAUUGGAAGGGAAACUUAAACGAUACAAUAUACAACAUGUUUGAAGAUAAGGUGCAAUAAACAUGUGAGAAGUAGUGCAAAGGAGCUAUUUAUAUCAGUGUUUGGAAGACUUUCUUUUAUUUUCAAUUUAUGUUGCUAUUUGAUUGGCUUGCAUGUCAAGGACCUUGUGUUGUAAUUUUAUUCUCAUUACUCUGGUUGGUUACAUCGAGGGAUUCUUGCCAAAUUCAACUAUGACAUUUUAGGGGGUGUUUCUACAUGUUUGAUGGAUCACUCUUUUUAUUUUGGAAAAUUGAACAUUUCUAUUUGAACAAAUGGUAUGCAUGCUAUGUCCUAA